AUGCGUAGAUAUCGUGGCUGGAAUCCCUGGUUGAGGAGGAUAGGAUCUCUGUCACAAUCAUAUUCACAAUCAACGAUGCUAGCUCCACGAAUAGCAGAUCUAUCUGAUGCCAGUACUCGUAUUUCGCAGUCUACAGAGUAUAUAUCCCAAACCCAUCUGCUGAUUAAGAUAAUGAAUGCCUUUAAUGAACUUUAUCAAUAUCCACAUUCUUUGUUCGAAGAUGUGCUAAGCUUACCGCAAGAAUCAUUACAAUUUGUGGACAGAAUCAUUCCAAGAAGCGACGAGAAACAUAUUAGGAAUUUCGUUAUAGGUGACCUCAUAAAUUUGUAUAAAUUAAAGAAGUUUGAUACAUUUGUACGAGCUUUCAAUAUGCUAAAAUCAUGGAAAACAUUUCCAAACUUCCUAUUAAAUGGAGAGAGCUAUCAUGAUUUGAAUAAAUAUAUUGAAAAUGGGAGAUUUAAGAAUGACAAAUCUCAAAUAUUGAUCUAUAAGUUUCUCAUAACAUAUUCCAUGGCAAUUGGACAAAAUCUCUUAAGUGCAUCACUUAUCUUAGAUAAUAAACUGCAAAUUAAUCUUGAUGAUGAUAUAGAUACGAAGAAUGUCUUGUUACUUUUGAGUUCAGUGCACCCAUCAAAUAAUAGUGAUAUCAAUUACUUUACUAGUCUAAGAAUACUUCAACAGUACCCUAACUUAAAACUAACCAAUAAAGAGUGUAAUGACAUGUUAGAUAAUUUGUUGAAUGAUGCCAGUGGGAGAAAGUUGUACCCUUCCUUUGCUAAUAAGCUUUAUGACAUACUACUGGGUAACGAUACCCGCAAGUCUAGGGCCACUUUUUCCCCCGACUUGAGAUAUAGGUUGAUUGAUUGGAAUUUGCAGUUUGGAAACAUAGAGAGAGCAUAUCAAUUGUGGUUAGACACAGAAAAGACUUCUUGUGAUUCUAUCAACACUAAAGUGACCCUGCGCUUACUAGAAUCACUAAACAGUUGCGACACCCUGAGCGCAAGCACAUAUGUUCACCAAAUUGUAUUCAAUGAGUUGAAGGAGGAGUUUCAUCAUUUACCUCACAUUGAAGGUACAUUGAUCAGAAUAUUUGGGAAGAGCGCAAACGACGAGUACUCCUCUACUAAUUUUGACACAUUAAUCCGAAGCAUGAAUCCGCCAACCUCUAGAGAUUCACUUCAGCUGUUGUUCGAAGCCUUUGCAUUUAGAGGUGAUGUUAAGAAUACAGAAAGGAUACUAUCCAUCUUGUUCGAGCAGGGUAAUAAGCAAUUAAAUGCAGUGGAAUUUGAUAUAAUUAUCAAGAAAUUACUUGCUGAGAACCACUUCGAGCAGGCAAUUGAGAUGACUUUGAGACAAAAAGGACUUGACAACAUCAAAUAUGCUUGUUUAUCCUUAAUUAAGUUUGCUUUGACCAAACGAAGCGAGCAGCAUGAACUGGAAUUUGAACAUCACUACAAUAAGAUAAUGAAUGCAUCGUUGAUAGCUUUCUCCAGGAUUACAAACUCGAAUAUAGAACUGGAAAAGACUGAUAUAUUCGGCAAACUCACCAUGAUUUUCUUUGACCACAUCUUGGAAGAGCACGGUGCGAGGAAGGCUAGAUCUUUUUAUUCACUUAUUGAGCGAGGACAUGGUAUUGACUUCCAAGAUAUGCACAACUAUUUCACGAAUAAACCAAGUCUCGGGCUCCGAGAAGAUUCAGGAUUUAAAAUACCAAUUAAGUUUUCACGGUUUGCAUCAUUUUUACAUUUGGACAAGGGCCAAAGAAUACCAGCAAUCUUAAAGAUUCUCAGAUAUUCUUUCACAGACAGAAUCUUGGUCAACUGGUGCGUUAAGGAAAUGUCUGACUGCGGCAUGACUUUGCCAGAAAUUAUCCGGCUAGUUAGGUUCGUCUACAACGAAGAAUCCUUAUCUAUAUUUAAAGACCUAGAAGGUGACAUAGAGGAGCAGAAAGGAGCUAGCGGAGAAGAAGCUCUAUAA